UUGUGACGUCGGAGGGGCGCCAGCGCGCCCGGCCAUGGCGCCUGCGCGGUGAGGCGCUCCUCGGCCCGACGUCUUCGUCAGUCUGAGGGGAAUGGAGCCCGGCGGUGGCCGCCGCGAGAAGCUCCCCCCGCCGGCGCUGGUGCUGCCUCCCGCCAAAGGCAAGGAGGGCCCCGGGUCCAGCGGAGGCAACGCCCGCUUGGAGAAGGCCAAGCAGCGCUCGGCUCAGCAGGAGCUGAAGCAGCGGCAGCGCGCCGAGAUCUAUGCCCUCAACCGAGUAAUGACGGAGCUGGAGCAGCAACAGUUUGAUGCCUUCUGCAAGCAGAUGAGGGCUUCCAGUGAGUGAGCCCUGCAGACAGCCAGAUCUUCGCUCCCCACACAAGACUUCAGUCAAGGUCUAGAUGCUGGACCAUGGUCAGUGGUUUGUUAAACCACAGUGGGAAGUCCCCAGACCCUUUUUCCUCUGGGCUAUGGCAGUGCCUCUCAGCCACUUCCAAAUCCACCAAAAGUCCAAGUCCUUGCCAAAAUGGAGUUUCUCGUUGUUUGAACUGUUUUUUGUAAAAUCCUAUUUAUUAAAUAAAUGUGUGUUUUAUAUGUGUGCAAAUAAAUAUCUGUCUGUGA